AAAAACAACUCCUUCUAAUAAUAAUGAAUUUGAAGGUCAAUUAGAAAAUGAAAUCGAAAAAAUCAGUUUUGCCAAUAUCAUAGAAUAUAUUUCCAAUAAAAUUGCUAAUCUUGAAUUUACAACUGGCUCUACCAACUCAGUGCAUCAUUCUGGAGUUAGUAAGUUCUAUCUUGCAUGCUCUCAAUAUCAUGAAUUAGAAUGUAAAUAUAAAGAGUCAAAUCAUAAAAGGAUGGUUCACUUUGAUUGCUAUAGAAAGCUGAUUAUCAGUAUUGAUAUAGCUAUGAAAGAAGCAAAAAUAAAACUUAGUCAUGAUUUUCAGCAUGAGAGGCCUGUAGAUGUCACAACUCCUGAAGAAAUAAAGCAUGAAAUUAUACAGAAUUUUUAUAUAAACUCUGUGCAAUUGAGAACACAUAUCUGUCAAAGAUUUGAUGCUACACAAAUCACUUCAAAACAAAUCAAUUACUGGUGGUUUAUCUUCAAUCAAUGCUUUUUCAAGUUAGAUGAGGAUCCUUUUAUUUCUACACACUGCUUUUUGGAUGAUCCUAAUAAUAGUAGCAAGUUUUGUUAUAAGUGGAAUGACAAUUUAACUGAACCAAGUAAUUUGAUCAAAAUAAGUAUAGAAGAUGAAGUGCUCAAUUCAGUAUCAGAUAAUAAUUUGGUCGAGUUUGAUAAAAAUAAUGAAGCGUUUAAUCCAGAAAUACACCAAAUCUGUGAGGAAAAGGUUUUGGCAGUAAGAUGUAUGGCAAACCAUCUGGAACAAGAACUUGCAGUGAAUAAUUUCAAUUAUAUUACCCAUGUAGUCAACAAUAUGGAUAGAUUAUUUGCGAUGCUAAAUGAUAUUGAGACAGCACAAAAUCAAAGAAUAUAUAAUCUGACAUGGCGAGGAUCAACUCCAUAG